AUGGCAAUGAACCAAUCCAUGUCUGCCCUUCUCCUCUUCGCUGCUCUCACCCUCUUCCUCCUGUCUCUCUAUAACCGGGUCGCGCUCUAUCUGGCUCGGCGAAAGUACAAAUUCUCCAAUGGCUGCCUGCCAUGUCCCUCUUACCCGCAUAAGGACCCCGUCCUGGGCCUCGAUAUGCUCCUCUGCAACCUCCGAGCCGCACGCUCCCAUCGCGUCCUCGACACGCUGACGCACCGUCUGCGCACAUAUGGGUCAACAUACCGCAGUUUGCGCCUAGGGGCACCAGCUAUCACGACCAUGGACCCUGCCAACGUCAAAGCGAUCCUGAGCACGAACUUCGCGGACUACGCCAUCGCGCCAUUCCGGGCACCGGCGCUUGGCCCCUUUUUGGGCGCGGGCAUCUUCACGACCGACGGGCCGCACUGGGCGACCAGCCGCGCCAUGAUGCGGCCGGCGUUUGCGCGCGAGCGUCUCGCGGACCUAGCCGCCCUCGAGCAGCACGUGCAAGACCUGCUCGCACACGUGCGGCCGCGCGCCGCUGGCGCCGGGCCGGUCGAGGUCGACGUGCAGGACCUGUUCUUCCGGCUCACGAUGGACUCGGCGACGGGGUUCCUGUUCGGGCGCAGCGUGCGCAGCCUGCGGACCGCGAGCAGCGGCGACGCGGACAGCCGCGAAGCGCGGUUCGCGGCGGCGUUUGCGGUCGCGCAGAGCGAGGCGAUGAAGCUGCUAAGGCUGGGGCCGCUGCGCCGCCUCGUCUGGCGCCGCGAGCAGGUCCAUGGCGUGCCUGCCGUGCGCGUCGUGCAUGACUACGUCGACCAGUUCGUCGACGACGCGCUGCGCUACCGCGAGGCGCUGGAGCGGGGCGAGGCCAAGGAGGAGGAGCAGCAGGGCGCCGCAGACAGGAAGUACAACUUCUUGCACGAGCUGGCGCGGCACACGCGGGAUAAGCGCCGGAUCCGCGACGAGCUGCUCAACGUGCUGCUCGCGGGCCGGGACACGACGGCCUCGCUGCUGGGGAACCUGUUCUUUGUGCUGGCGCGGAGACGGGAUGUUUGGGCGAAGCUGAAGGCCGAGGUGGCGCCUCUGGACGGCAAGCCGCCCUCGUACGAGCAGCUCAAGAAUCUCACGUAUGUCCGGCAUUGUCUAAACGAAUCGCUCCGGCUGCACCCCGUGGUGCCGGCCAACACGCGCUACUGCGUGCGCGACACGACGCUGCCGCGCGGGGGAGGGCCGACGGGGACGGCGCCCGUGUUCGUGGCGCGCGGCACGCUGGUGUCGUGGUCGGCGUGGGCAAUGCAUCGCCGCGCGAAAGAGUUCGGGCACGACGCCGACGCGUUCCGGCCGGAGCGGUGGGCGGCGCCGUCGAUGCGGCCCGGCUGGGCGUACGUUCCGUUCAAUGGCGGACCGCGCGUGUGCGUGGGCCAGGGCUACGCGCUGACCGAGGCGGCGUAUGCGGUCGUGAGGCUGGUGCAGAGCUGCGAGGGCGUGCGGGCCGUGGGCGACGAGGCGUGGGAGGAGGAGGUGGGCCUGACGUGUUGGUGUCGCGGCGGCGUGAGGGUGCGCGUGUGGCCGGCGGCGAUACGCCCCCCACAUGCGCGACUCCGCUCCAUCCGAUCGCUGCUAAAAGAUGAUGGCCGCCGUCUCCACCAUGCACCGCGACUUCUCCGCCUACACUUUUCGCCGACGACGACGACAUGCUCGCCGCCCUCGCCUUCGCCAAAGACUAGCCGGUCCCUCUCCGCCGCCAUGCCGUCCCUCAUGCUGCUGGCGCUGAUUGUCGCCCUCGCCAGCGCCGUGACGAUCACGCCGACCAACUCGUCCAUGCCCACGGACGAUGGUAUCCAGCUCAAAGUUGUCGACCAAGGGGCCAUGCACAACAUUUCGGCCGUUGUGCCGCUGACCAACGCCGCCAGCCAGCUAGACUCGGAAGGCGUGACGGGCCAGCUCUUCCUAGCGACAGACGACACGGCGUCGAAUGUGACCGACAAGAAAAUCGCCUACAUCAACUGCGACGCCUCGGCCUACCCCGGCUUCACCCAGGCUUCGGAUGUGCUGGCAACCGUGGUCAACGGCGGGGCGGCCGCCGUUCUCCUCUUCAGUCCCACGUCAUCCUACUGCAAUGUCUCGGACGCCGACGCGGGCGACAACGGCGCCGUGUACAUUUACACAAUGGUCGACGCGACCAUCUCGAAGCAGGUGCUGACGGACCUCGACAAAACCGUCAACACCCCCAACGCCAUGAGGUACCUGGUCACAAUCCUGCCGCGCGACGGCAGCCACAGCAACCCGGACGGCGCCGACGACUCCAACGAAGACGCCAACACGUCGCCCAGCAACCCGCUGGGGCCAUCGCCCUCCACCGCCGUCGCCAUGAUCAUCCUCUACACCAUCACGGGCAUCAUCACGGCCCUGUUCCUCGUCGUCAUCGUCACGGGCGCGUUGCGCGCCCACCGCCACCCCGAGCGCUACGGUCCCGGCGUCAUGGUCGGCCGCGGUGGUCGUGACGGGCAGCGUCAGACCCGCGCCCGCGGCAUCGCUCGCGCAAUGCUCGACACGAUCCCGAUUGUCAAGUUCGGCGAGCGCGCGGAGCCGGAGCCCAAGCCUGCGGACGUCGAGAUGGGCGAGACGGGUACGGCUGCUGUGCAGGGCAGCGGCGACGGUGAGAGGAGGGGAAGCGCGGACGUGACAGAUGACAUGCAGGCUGCCGCCGAGCACAAAUCUGGAGAAGCUGGCCAGGAGGCGCCCACCGCUCCCGCAAGCACCACUACCGCUGCUGACGGAGACGCUGUGACACCCGGCGCAGGCGCCGGUGCCGGCGUGGCCGCGGCCUCUACUGCUCCCACGACUGACGAGGCCGACUCGCAAGGCUGCACCAUCUGCACUGACGACUUUGAGCGCGGCCAGGACAUCCGCGUCCUGCCGUGCGACCACAAGUUCCACCCCGCGUGCAUCGACCCAUGGCUGCUGAACGUCAGCGGCACGUGUCCACUCUGCCGAAUCGACCUCCACCCCGCCCCGACCAACACCAGCGCCACGUCCGCGCAAACCCCAUCUUCAGCCGUGAUCCUCGCGCCGCCGCUCGAUGCCGACGGCGCGGCGGCGGCGGGCGUCCCGCGCACGCAUAACCACCACCACAGGCGCAGCGUGCGCGAGUUCUUGCAUCUGCGACACCAUGGCGAUGCGGGGGAGCGGAUGGCGGUGGCAAGGCGGAUGGCGGGUGAGGGGAGAGGAGGGAGUGCAGGCGGCGCUGGCACCGAGGGGGCACUGAGGACGACGGAAGAGGAGGGCGAUGGGGCUGGCGCGAGGAGAAGAAGUAGGCGGCUGAGUGGGCUGUUGUUGGGGGGUGGGAGGAAGAGAGGCGGUAGUGUGGCUGAGGCGGAGGGUGCGGCUGUUGCUGCUGUGCCUGUGCAGGGCGUGAGAGAGGAGGUGGGUGCGAGUGCAGAGGCGGCGCAAGCGCCUGUGCAAGAGGUGCCGCUGGCGAGGGAGCCGGAGCAGCAGCAUGUGCGGCACCAGGAAGCGGAGCGGGCGCCUGAGGAGCAGCAACAACAACAGCGACAGGCGCAAGAGCAAGACGAGCAACCGCCCGCGGCAGGAGAAGCCACGGCCACGAGCGCAGCAGCCGUAACGCAGCACGAGCAGCCCAGCAGCGGCCAGGCUUGA